UAAAUUUUUAGACAAAGUAAAAAUUUUUUUUGUUGAUAAAAUAAUAUAAAAUUAUUAUUAUUAUCAACAACAACAAUCAACAAAUGGUUGACAAUAGUCUUUUGAAUACGACAACUCGUACUGGUGUUAUUGAAACAGUGGAUACAUUUGAAUCGAAUAAUUUUUUCGGAUUGAAAAUGCCUGCAGAUUUUUUAAGCAUCGGUUAUGCAUGCAUUGUAGCAUUAGGUGGUAUCAUUGGCUAUGCAAAAGCUGGUAGUGUUCCAUCAUUGAUUGCCGGAUUAGGUUUCGGCGCUGUACUUGGUGUUGGUGCCUAUUUUACAUCGGCAAAUCCAAGACAUUAUCAUCUUUUAUUAGCAUCUUCAUUGGCAUUAGCCGGAUUAAUGGGAUAUCGUUUCUAUAAAUCGGGAAAAUUUAUGCCAGCUGGUUUAGUGUUUACAUUAUCGGCUUUUAUGGUACUACGAUUUAGUCUUCGUUUCAUUACUAAUCGAAAUUAUUUUUGAGCUGAAACAAAAAAAACCUGGAAUCAAAUAAACAAACAAACAAACAAAAAUCCCAUGCACAC